AUGCAUACCAUCACAACCAGCGUGGAGAUUGCAGCCGCUCCCGAGGUAGUGCGGGACAAGUUCCUGGAUUUCGCAGCUUUGCCCACCUAUUCACCGUCCGGCUUUAUACAGCACAUCAUCCCGGUCAAUGACAAGCUUCCCGAACACCUUCAAGCUGGGGACCAAUUGAAAUGUACUGUCAACUACGGCAAGUCGCAAUUCACCCCCACCGUUCGAACCAAUAGCCCAGACCUCUUCAGCUGGGUGGGCUCGAUCCCCGGAAUUUUUACAGGCGAGCAUCGCUUCAGCUUUAAAUGCGCUCCGACAGACCAGCCUGGCCAAGCGAGCCGAACACGUCUCGUUCACGAAGAGCGAUUCACCGGACUGCUCAGCUUUCUCAUGGGUCAGGGCAUGCUGGCCAACGCUGCCGGGUGGAGAGAUAAUACCCGCCAAGGGUUUGAAUCAUUCAACCGGGAUUUUAAAGCUUGGGUGGAGACCACGAGAUAA